UGUUCUUUGUGAUGCCGCUCUUCAACAAGAAAUUCGAAUCUAAGCCGAUACCAGCGCGCGUGAAUCGCUGCAAUAUUGGUUUUCCAAUUGUGAACGAGGAUAUUGAAGACUUUCGCAACAUCUCAUUGAGUUUAGGUAACAAGAAGUUGCGUUUUGCCGAUGGCAUUUGGAUGCAUUCAACGCACAAAGCUGAUGUGGAUGACAUGCUACGCUUAAAUAAGAAAUUCCGUGCUCUAGAGGAGGAGAAUAAUAUGUGUAAUUUGAAAAUAGAAGUUAUGUUGGAUUUGCUAGCUGAACAUGCCACAGAGCUGAAUGACCUGAAGCCAAAGGAGAAAUAGCUAACCAACAAGCUGUCCAUAUCUAGUUUUGAAAGUCUAAUUGUAAUGAAAAGUGAAAG